AUGGCACCGCUGAGGGCGGCUGCACCAAUCGCCAUUAACCCCAUUGCAUUAGUUACGACAGAAUGCAUUGCCGUUACGUCCGCUAUGCGGAAGCAUGCUCGAUGGGCCCACUCCUCCGUGGCAGCAAUCUUGGGCGGAGGUGUGAGCUCAAGGAGCAUGGACCGGGACACUCCAAUUCCUUUAGGCACUGGGAACAUCUCGCUCGGCCCAAAGCCUGCCCAGAAUCAUGCUGCUUCGAAGUCUGGUACACCAGACGCAGAAGGGGAUUAUUCGCUUGCGGGUAGAUGGGGGUUGAGGGGAAGGAGAGGCAAAAGCAUCCAGGAUAAUCCUCUGAUGUCAGCAUUUACUCGACUCCGGAUCGACUUGAAGGACUGUAAAGAUAUACGUUUGUUCGAUACACCGAGUCUAUUACAUCCAUUUUUGCAAGUUAUCCGCUCUUCAUCGACGUCGGCGCCUAUAACAUCGCUAGCCCUUUCGGCUAUAACAAAAUUCUUCGCCUACAAUAUCAUCAACCAUGACUCUCCACGCCUGUCAGUGGCAUUGCAACUCCUGUCUGCUGCCAUUACACACUGCCGUUUCGAGGCUAGUGAUUCUGCUGCUGAUGAGAUCGUUCUUCUUCGGAUACUGAAACUCAUGGAAGGCAUGUUGUCUCGACCGGAGGGUGAAUUAUUAGGUGACGAGAGUGUGUGCGAGAUGAUGGAAACCGGGCUGAGUAUGUGUUGCCAAGUUCGUUUGUCAGAAGUCCUUCGAAGGUCGGCUGAGAUGUCAAUGGUGAACAUGUGCCAAAUAAUUUUCCAGAGACUUGCACGCCUUGAUGUCGACAGUGAGCAGCCAGAGGGGGAACCCAGCAAUGAGAACACAGAGGAAACUCCGAGCAAUCUCAAAAUGGAUCCCUCCGUGGAUGGGGAGACUGUGGCAUCCCAGCAUGCAUCAAGUUUAGGAACCGAUACCACCAAUCCCGAAAAAGAGGAACGUGUGAGCGGUGAUAGCUCGACAACUAUACCCACCAUGGAAGCAGUAAACCCUGCUGUGCAAGCAGACUCAUACGAAGAUGUAGAAAAGGAGAUAGCACCCUACGGGCUGCCCUCGAUCCGUGAGCUGUUCCGUGUUCUUAUUGAUUUGUUGGACCCACAUAGCCCUCAGCACACCGACGCAAUGAGAGUAAUGUCUCUCAGGAUUAUAGAUGUAGCCUUGGAAGUUUCAGGCCCGUCAAUAGCAAGGCAUCCAAGUCUCGCUCAGCUUGCAAAGGAUGAUCUAUGUCGGCACUUGUUCCAAUUGAUUAGGUCAGACAACAUUGUCAUUUUGAAUAGCUCGUUGAGAGUAGCUGGGACAUUACUUGCAACAUGCCGCCGCGUUUUGAAGCUACAGCAGGAGUUAUUCCUUUCUUACCUUGUUGCCUGCCUACAUCCGAGGGUUGAGAUACCUAAAGAAGAAGGUAUAGAUCCAUCUCUUUACGCUGGGGUUCCACGAGCUCCAAAAUUGGUGAAGCCCUCACCCUCACAGGCUGGAAGUGGUAGAUCUACACCUGUUCCCGUUAAGGAUCGUCAGAAGCUAGGCAUGGAAGGAGGUUCUAGAAAGCCAGAAGCUAGAGAAGCGAUGGUCGAGAGCAUCGGAGCUCUUGUUAGGAUUCCUAAUUUCAUGGCUGAGCUUUUCAUGAACUACGACUGUGAUGUUGAUCAGGCGGACCUUUGCGAAGAUAUGGUUGGUUUAUUAUCCAGGAAUGCAUUCCCAGACUCUGCCACUUGGAGCACCACUAAUGUCCCGCCUCUCUGUCUUGAUGCGCUUUUGGGAUAUGUCCAAUUCCUGGCAGACAGGCUUGAUCAAGAACCACCAAGCGCCGAUGAUCCAGACCUCAAGCGGCUACGAAGCCAACGUGAGAAGAAGAAAAUAAUUAUUCAGGGAACUGCAAAGUUUAAUGAAAAACCCAAGGCAGGUAUUGCGUUCCUUGCUUCCAAGGGCAUAAUACAAAACCCCGAUGACCCCUUGGCUGUCGCCAAAUUCUUGAAGGGAACCACAAGAGUGUCUAAAAAAGAACUAGGCGACUUCCUUUCCCACAGAUCUAAUGAAGCAUUACUGGAUGCAUUCAUCGGGCUGCAGGAUUUCAAGGGAAAGAAUGUCGUCGAAGCCUUGAGAGAGUUACUAGGGUCUUUGCGUUUGCCCGGUGAAGCUCCGCUCAUAGCGAGGAUCGUUACCGUUUUCUCUGAGAAAUACCUCGAUGCUGUUCAUCCUGAAGAGAUAGCGGAUAAAGACUCACUCUUUGUCUUGACGUAUGCCAUCAUUCUCCUCAAUACCGAUAUGUAUAACCCGAACAUCAAACCCCAAAAUAAGAUGUCAUAUGAGGGAUUCGCGAGAAACCUUCGCGGCGUCAACAACGGAAAGGAUUUUUCAACUGAGUACCUUCAGGAUAUCUACUCAUCCAUCCGGAAUAGUGAAAUUAUCCUGCCAGAUGAGCAUGAGAACAAACAGGCUUUCGACUUUGCUUGGAAAGAGCUUCUUGUGAAAGCAAAAACAGCAGGUAAUCUAUCACUUUGUGAGACCAACGCUUUCGAUGCAGAUAUGUUUGAAGCAACCUGGCAACCGGUCAUCGCGACUCUCUCUUAUGUUUUUAUGUCCGCAUCAGAUGACGCCGUCUUCUCGAGGGUGGUCAUCGGCUUCGAUCAAUGCGCUCAGAUUGCAGCGAAAUAUAAACUGAAAGACGUCAUGGAUCGCAUAAUCUACUGCCUCAGCUCCAUCAGCACGUUGGCUUCAGCAACGCCUUCCAAUACUAGUCUCAAUACUGAGAUCCAGGCUGGAAAAAAGAGUGUCAUGGUGAGCGAGCUUGCUGUCCGACUGGGCAGGGACUUUAGAGCACAGCUUGCAACUGCGGUUCUCUUCCGUGUUAUUGUCGGCAAUGAAGCUAUAAUACAACAGAAUGGAUGGGAACAUAUCAUUCAAAUUCUCCACAACUUAUUCAUCAACUCCCUUGUCCCCCAGUUCGAUUCUUUUUUCAAAGUACUUGAUAUGCCCCCUAUACCCCUUCAACCACCGUCCCAAGUUAUCGAUCGAGAUAACCGAGAAAAUGACACCAGCUUGCUCUCUGCAUUCACGUCUUAUCUCUCAAGCUACGCUGCCGACGAUCCACCGGAGCCAUCCGAUGAAGAACUUGAGAACACACUCUGCACUGUUGAUUGCAUUAAUGCGUGUGAUAUAGCGCAACUUUUCAACAAUCUGAAGACUAUGCCUCUUGACUCUGUGGUAAUAUUUGUUGAAUCCUUGCUGUCUGAGCUCCCAGACACCGGUGCCGCAGUCAUUGUUGUAAAACCUGAACGCCCCGCACCCAACCCUCAUAGGUCUGAGGGUAGCAAGGUUGACAAGAAUAAGCCCGCUUACAAACCGGGGGUUUUAUACAUUCUCGAGCUUGCAACUGUUCUCACCCUCCGAGAUACAGAUACAAUAGAAAGACUCGGGGAUAAAUUGACCAGUGUUCUCCAGGAUAUAGUACGGGAUGCCAAAAACAUACAUCCACUUACCCUGUCUCGAGCAGUAUAUUAUCUUUUAACUCUCCUUCGCCACAGCUAUGAACACUCAUUCAUGCGGCCUCCAGUAGUGCUGCAUAUAAUUUCCAGCUUUGACCAACCCGUUCUUGAAGUAGUAGCAGCGCCAGUUGUUACUGGUUUGCUACAGUGUAUUAAUGAAUCCGAGGCACUAAAAAACGAACUUAGUAUGUCACCAGAUUUCUGGUCUAUACUUCAAAGGUUACACCAACAUCAAGAAGCGGCGCAAAUGGCCUUCGAAUUGCUACAGAGCAUUGUCGAGUCAGCCGUCCCAGUGAUCACAGCGGAUAACUAUGAAGCUGCUGUAAACCUCCUCAAUGAUUUCGCAACAGCUGGAGGGAUUGCUACGGUUAGGGAGAUAAAGCGGGAAAUGGCUCUACGUCGACCCAAGCCAGUGAGACAAGCCGGAUACCUGCACUCAUUCAACACUCUCACCUGGAGAAAAACGAAGGUACACUUCUUCAUGUCUGAGCUUGCGUCGACAGACCAUACCAAAUGGGUUACAAUAUUCAAGAAAGUGUUGUUCCCACUGAUCUUAGAGCUGCUCAAACCUGAGGUCUAUCAGUCAGACCCCUUAGGCAUGAGCGAGACGCGAGUUCAGGCUGCCACACUUCUCUGCAAAAUAUUCCUCCAUUACCUCGUCUUACUCUCCGAAUGGGGUGAAGGUAUGCUGGAUCUGUGGCUGAGAAUUCUGGAUAUCUUGGAUCGAAUGAUGAAUAGCGGGCAAGGAGACAGCCUUGAAGAGGCUGUGCCUGAGAGUUUGAAAAACAUUCUCCUAGUAAUGGCAAAUGGGGGUUAUCUAGUCGCACCACCGAAUAAUGAUCCUGGAAAGGAAAGGAUAUGGACCGAAACGCAAAAGCGGCUUGACCGCUUCCUCCCCAAUCUUUUUGGAGAGAUAUUUCCCACUACUCCUGCAGACGCACCGUCUUCCAGACAUGGGGGUAGUCGCACAAUGCGGCCCGAGGCAAAACAGCAGAGUAAUCCGGAUCCCGUUGAUAGCAAGGAUCAAAGGGUUGAUAUGCCAAACGAUACGGGCAGCACCGCAGACACAGAGAAAGCGGAAGUGGGACAGGCUGAGCCAACGGCAGCUGAACCUGCCGAUGAGGUGGAGUAA